UCGACCGCGUCCCCGGGCGCCCCCCACGCACCCAGCCGGGACCGAGCCGACCGCGCGCCACAGCCAUCGGCCAUGGAGACGCGAGAGCGGUGGCGCCCGCGGUUUCUGCUGCCGCUGCUUCUGCAGCUGCUGUGCGGUGGGUGUCCCCGAGUGGGGGGCUGCAACGAGACGCGUAUGCUGGAGAAGCUACCCCAGUGCGGGCAGGCUUUCGCCGACAUGAUGCACACGGUGGACGUCUGGAAGUGGUGCCACCUGUCCGAGUUCAUUGUGUACUACCAGAGCUUUACCAACUGCACCGAGGUGGAGACCAACGUGGUGGGCUGCUACUGGCCCAACCCCCUGGCGCAAGGCUUCAUCACUGGCAUCCACAGGCAGUUCUUCUCCAACUGCACGGUGGACAAGGCACACUGGGAGGACCCUCCAGACGAGGUCCUCAUCCCGCUCAUCGUCGUGCCUGUCCUGCUGACCGUGGCCAUGGCCGGCCUGGUGGUGUGGCGCAGCAAACGCGCUGGCCAGCUGCUGUGAGGGCGUCCUGAGGGGGGGGGGGAGGCCGGGCGGGGGGGCCGGAGAGCCGGCGGAGGCUGCGGCGGCCCCCCGCACCCCCAUCCCGUCUGGCUACCUGAGAGCCUCAUGUGGCUCACCCGGGCUUGUCCUCUCCUGGGCCUGGGAAGAAGGCGCACCGAGGCCGGAGCUGUGCAGGGAACGAUUGGCUGCUGCUGCGCCCUCCGCCCGCGCUGGGCUGGGGCCUCCAGGGUUUCCGGGCCCUCCUGACCCCUGCCCAGGCACCCUGCCCUGAUCUCAGCCCCAGCCUGGCUCGGACCCCACCUCCCAACCUGAGCUCAACCCCUGCGCUGACCCACCCCCUGUCCUGACCC